AUGAAUAAAAGUAAAUUAAAAUUAAACGUUAGUUUAGGAACAUCCUAUGACCCAAAAACACACAUUACAAUACUUCCAAAUGAUGAUUCUAAUCCAUAUUAUAUUAACACUCAACAUUUUACAGGCAGAAUAUGCGUUCGUGUAAGAGAUUUUAAAGGAAUAACACCAUUAGGUACAUCAAGAAUCGAAUCAAGCCCUUAUUUUGAAGGAAAUAACGAUCAAUAUUCAGUUCAAGUACAAGGAAGAUUUAAAGGGAAUAAUUUGACGGCAGAUGACAUUAUAUUUGGUAAUGACUUUGAUAAAAAAGUUAAUUUGCCACCUGGAUCAUGGUUGGGAUUAAAGAUUCUUCAAUAUAUUGAUUCUGGAUUAGAAGCAGAUAUUGCUUGUGAUAAACCGUGGGCAUAUAGUCCACUGGCUUUUACUAUGAAUAGAUUAAAUGUACAUGAAGAACCUGAUAUUAAAGAUGGAGAAUUACCACCAUGGCCUUCUGUUAAUGGUGAACAUAUUGAAGAAAAUGUGAUUAUUCCGCGUGAUGGUGAUAAGAUUGAAGUACUAAAUAAUGUUUCUAUGAGAAAAAAAUAUUUCAAUUCAAAGGAAAAUCGAAAAAUCUUUCCUAUUAAAGAAAAUCAAGUUUGGAAUUUUGAUUUCUUUAAUGCCUAUGUAGAUUUUAAUGAUGUUGCUGUAAAACCUGUUCGUUAUGUGUGCAAAUCGCGCGAUUCUUCAAUCGUUUUCUUUGUUGUUGUAUUUCAGUUGAUUCCUAUUGAAGAUGAUGGUGUUAAUACAAUAACAAAAUACAAGGAGGAAAAAGUAGGAGAAUCCCUUGAAGAACAUCCGGAUAUUUCUGAUUUUACUCCAAAAACUGGUGCAAGAUGGGCAUCGGUAAAAUCUCCAACAUCAUUCUUCCCAUUCAACAAAAAUAAAGAAAAUUCUAUACGGCCAUCACCAUCUUCAUCACCAUCUCCUUCGAGAGACGUAACUAAAUUUAAUAUUGAACAAAAUGAUCCUGAUGACGACGACAUAUUGGAUUAA